AUGAUGGCCCCUGUGGCACACACUGCGACCCCGAUCGUCGCACAACAUGGAGAAAACGAUGUUCCUGGAAACGAGAUUCCCAACUCAGCACUGUACAGUGUCUACUAUUACAGACACACGGCGCGACACAAUGACCGACACUUGUUUUGCUACGGCUCGCUCACCCGGCCGUCUCCGCGAGUCGGUAACAUCACCCCGGGCGCCACGGCGGAAUACUUUUAUGGACGUAACCAGUGCGGCACUGCGGAACAGAGGAACGGUCCGGCUGAUGGGAGGUACGGUCCGGCUGAUGGGAGGUACGGUCCGGCUGAUGGGAGGUACGGUCCGGCUGAAGGGAGGUACGGCACGGGUGAACGGAGGUUGUACCCAAUCGCGAGCAGCUGCAACUUCACUCCGCAGCAGCGACUCCUCCAGGGCUCCCGCAAGGCGGCUGAGCCCCUCCAGGCGGCGAGAGCGGGGACCCCAAGGGCGGGGACCCCGAGAGGGGGAGCUAGUCCUCGAGGGAGGUCCCCUCGAGGCGGCCUCCCUCGAGGGGGAAGCAUGUUACCAAUCCACAUGUUCGGGUCGCCGAGGUCGGAGCCGCUGGGAGGCGACCUUGCGGCGGAAUCGUCGUUUUCCACCGAACCCUACUCCGAGCUGAUAGGCGACUACUCUCGCAGACGGCGGAAACCCUCGACCCUGUGUUACGGGUUCCUACAAGGCGAUCAGCCGACUUGGGCCGCCCCUUUAGACAGGUCAACGUGCGACCGCACACCGGGAGGGUUGCAGCAGAGCGGGACGCAGCAUGGACCUGUGCAACAAGUCGGGGUGCAACAGGGGUCGAUACAGCUGGGAGCAGUUUUGCAGCAGGGACUCCUACGAUGCGGAGUGCACCCGUCAUGGGCUGCCUUUCCUCAAGAGCCAGCCGCGACGUCGCCACGGCAGCGGGCCGGCGGUCGAACGCGGAAGAGGAGUCGCGAAGGGGGUCUGGAAGAGCCGUGUUCGAGACAAGGGUCUCUACCGCGUCGGAGUACACUAGCUCCUGGGGGCAUGGAGCGCGGAGAGGCAACACUCUCCAGCGAUGAUCUUCGAACCCACGACGUGUGGUUUGCGAUGGAAGAAGAUGGUCCUAAGAAGAAGUCCGUCGCCUUACGGACGCUACGAACAAACAGCCGCACAGUUGUCGGUCUGAGUACCGCUGCCACCAGCAUCGAGUCUUGCGACACGGACAGCUCGGCUAUAGAACUUUCCGAGUUGGUUACUCAAAGCUCUCCGGUCUCGGAAGCGCACGGAGUCGCUCCCGUCUCUCCAGUUGCCGUCGGACGAGAGCAGUGCUCCAGACGGACCACUUGUCCAGAAACCAUGAGCAGAUGCACCCUGCCGCUGGUCAGAGAGGUGCUGAGCGAGGGACCAGCGACCAGCGAAAGACGAGCACUAACAACUGAGCACGCAAACUCGAGUCGACAAGACCAACAUCAAUCUCCUCCCCAUAGUACCCGGUGUACCUCCCGGAUAAACAGUCCGCGUCUGGAUAAACAACCCGGGGGCCUUCCCGGCCUUAACCAGAGUCUUACUCAGAAUUUCAACCGGAGUUCCAACAAACUGUGUCUUAGUCCUCCAAACGCCUUUAGGUAUGCGGGUCCAAGUCCGGGGUGUCCAAGUCUGUCCAGGGCAAGUACUGGGCUUGGAUAUCCGGUUCUGGGAUACACGAGCACUCGAGGCCCCGACUGUCCGUGGGCGCCCUCGCUGGCUACGCCGAUCUCGUCCAACGAAGUCGAGCGUCGAGUGGCACAGCGUCGCCUACACGCUCAAGACGUGUCGGAACAGGAGAUUGCAGCAAGCGAUGCCACCACCGGAAGCCGGAGCCGGCGUCUACUCAGUAGCAGGCGCGCCUUCAGUUCCGCUGGCACUUACUUCUCUCCAAGCCGCGGCCCCCCGUCUAUGAAGGCUAGUCAACUCGGCAGCUACUGCACGAGCGAGGUCAUUGCUGGACCCCACAGAGAAAAUCCGGGGGACAUCACCACAGCCACAUCUACGAGUGGUUCUUCCGUGGCGCUGGCCCAGAUCCCGGCUCAGACGCAGGCCAAGUCGACGGUUGAACAAUCUUCUCCACCUCGUGAGUCAGCGCACUAA